CAUUUGUUUUUCUCUAUCUUGAUUACUGUAGCGGAUAUUUUAACCUCUCUGGUGGUAAUUUUCCACGUGACCGAAUUCUACCAUUCAACAUGGCCGAUACUGUGGGGGACCAACAUCCAGUGCCAGAUCCAUCGCUACCUACGGUUCGUCAGCUUCAAUAGCACCGUCUUUUCCAUGAUGGCUAUAGCUAUUGACAGGUUUUUCGCAGUUCGUAUCCCAGUUCUCUACAAGGGCAAGUUUACAGUCAGUCGAACCAAGUUCGUUCUCCUCUUCGUCUGGUUGACAUCGUUCACCGCUGCUCUACCUGUCGCAUUCAUGUUUGAGAGUAUUUACAGCGGAGAAGGACAGGCGAUCUCUUACCCGGGCAAGUUGCCCUGGGCUUGCAAGGCCAUCGUCCCCUUCGGACCGUGGUGGAAAGACUUCAAACCCGUGUAUCUCAACAUCCUUCUCUUCUACAUACCCGUCAUCAUCACCGCCAUCAUCUACGUCCGCAUCGUCGUCCACGUCAAACGAAGUAACCAGUACUUGCGAAGUGAGCUCCUGAACGGCGGCCCCGUGCCGAAGCGGUACCGCAACUCGCACUGGAAGAUAUGCAAGAGUCUUCUCUAUGUCUUCGUAGGUUUCAUCAUCUGUUUCGCACCCUUUGCCACCUAUCAUAUCGUUCAGCAGUACUUCUCGACAGCUCUGCACCCCGAACUCAAGAACCUCUCCCUUCUCUUGCCUUACGUUAACUCAUGCUUCAAUCCAGUCAUCUACUCCUUCACGAACGAUACAUUUUGGAAAGCCGCCAAGCAGAUUGUUUGCAUGUCGACGUCGUCGUCGAGAGACAGUCCGAGAGCGUCGUUGCCCUCUACCGACAUGGACGGCGGUCACCCACCGAGUUUCGCUGCUAUAUCAGGCAAUCAAAAGAGGAAGCGUGUGGAUGGUGAGCGAGCAAUGGGAAUAGCGUUCUCGUAUGAAAGGAACAUGGUGGAGAUGGAACCUAGCCCGGACCUUGCCCGUCAUCAUGUCGAUACUGGUGGUGACGUCGACAUCGGCAUCAAUGGGACGAUGUCGGAUAAUACGAUGUCGGAUAAUGCGAUGUCGGAUAAAACGAUGUCGGAUAUUACGAUGUCAGAUACUACGAGAUCGUCGGAGUAUUGCAUGACGACGAUUAUUCCAAAUGGAAAGGCAUGAUGUACCCGCCCCUCUUCAUAAAAAACAUUUGUGGAUUCCACAUAACACUCGCAGACAACGACAAAGUUUAAUUAACAAUCUUUUAAAAGAGUUUUGAGCAGUUUCAGUAUCUCUCAUAUAAUUAAAUACAUUGACAGAGGAAGGGCCCUUGGAACUCUAUUUAAUCUGGUUUGAGAUAUUAAUGGGGGGAUUUGACAUUGGUGGGGAGGGAGGGGGGGGGGGGGAGAGGGGAAAAUUAUAUUUUGAAAUAAGUUUAGGAGGUGUAAUAUUUUUUUCAUCUUCAGGGAACAAUACCUGAAAAUAGUUUAUACAUUUAUGAUACAUGAAAAUGAAAACGUUUUGUCUCCCAAACUUAUCAAAAUAUUUUGUCCAUGAUGACUCAAAAACUAUUUGAUGGAGUUGGGCUCUGCUUCCUUUUAUGUAUUCGAUUGCAUUUGUCCGAAAAGGUUCCUGAAGUUUUCAAAAACGUUGGCCUUUCUUUGCCCCCUAAAAAUGAUCUGGUCUUAUUCAUCUUGGUAUGUUUUAUUGCGCGUUAAAUUAGCAACUUCUUUUGGACGUGCAUGUGAUGUUUUUAAGCAACCCACAUCUCCGCUGAAAAUGACAAUUAUUUUUCUUCUCUCAAUUAACACGCUUACAAAUAGUGGAAAGCUUCAAGAAAAAUAAAUGUGGCUACAGAAAUGCAUACCUCUUAGUUACGAUUAUUUUGCAUACGCACUCAGCUGGAGAA